UUAGGUGAAGGGGCGAAGAAAACCCUGCAGAUUAGGUUUUCAGUAGAGACUGGAUGGAUUAACCCCGUCUGUAUGUAGCUGUAAACCACGUCAGCAGAUUUAUACCCACCCCAAAAGGAGCGGCUCUUGUGUAGUCUUGUGUAGAAUGCCACUUGCUGCCAUACUGUAGUUCUCUGUUGAACGUGGACACCUUGCGAUAGCCUGACCGCGCGACGCCGACAGAUUCCUAGGCUGGACUGCCUUUCUGUUGAUAAGCAUCCGAUGGUAUUCAGUACAAGAUGGCGGUGUCUGGCAUGGAAAAGGACGGAAUAAAUGCCGAAGAUGAUCAUCUUGAUGAUUCGUUCGGAAACCCCGGGUUGAUUUCUCCAGACAAGGAGGAUAUCUCACGCCUUCUGACGGUUCCUUUCAAUGGCCGUAUCAAAGGUGGGAUGAGACCGGGCAAGAAGAUCAUAGUGAUGGGCAUCGUAGAUCCCGAACCUGACAGCUUUGACGUGAGCCUGACCUGUGGCCCUGUGGGUGAUAAGGGUGACCAGGACCCAAAGACGGACGUGGCCCUCAAGCUGAGUGCCCGAUUUGCUGACCGCCAGUUCCUCCGUAACGCUCGUGUUUCUGGGAAGUGGAGUGAGGAAGAGGUGUCCAUCCCCUACUUUCCCUUCAUCCAAGACCAGCCCUUCAGGAUUGAGAUCCACUGCGAGCACCAGCGGUUCCGGAUAUUUGUGGACGGCCACCAGCUCUUUGACUUUUAUCACAAAGUGAAGUCCUUGCUAUCCAUCGACAUGAUCAGGAUAGACGGCAGUCUACAGAUCACCAAGCUGGGCUGAGGCCAGCCCUGCGGGUAUGCACGCAGGCUGUGUCGGAUAACCUCUGUCAGGUGACUGUGCCUCACCUGUUCCCCCACCUGAUCUACACCCUGCACUGCUACAGGAGUUCGGGGUUCUUCCCUGCUCGAUCUUGAGCUCACCAAGGCAUCACCCUCCUCCACCCAUGGCUUGUCUCAUCUCUUGCUCUCCAGUUCUCUCUCUUUCUCUCUAGGGGCCCUUGGAGGGGCCCCAUAUGUCGGUGAAUGGUUGCAAUGCUCAGCUUAGUGUGUUGUUCUUGGAGCAACGCUUUACAGUUCUGCUCUCCAUUUCUUCUGUUCUGAUUUUUUGUUUGUUUGUUUGUUUGUUUUUGUCAGGGAUGUCACAAUAAUACAGUAUGCACUCUAGUUCAGCAGAGAAAAGCUAUAGGAUGGUCUGCUGCGUACUUGCUGCUUCAAGACUUAAGUGCAAAAUUUUGAGUAUUAGUGUCAGUCUCACAAUGGGAAAGAAGUUCUAGUUAAAGCACUCAGGAAAUAACUUUAGGUGUAUUUAUUCAUUAUAAAAGGCAUAUUUUGUAAUCAGUUGAAGAUUUAUCGUACAUAGCUAUAAAUUCAGUAUCGUCAGCAUUCUUGUUUAUCAGCUUAGCACACAAUAUUAACAUAUAUCUUCCAGUCAAAUUGGGUACAGUGCUUUUCAACAGUAUUUGUAUUUCAAACCCAGUGAACAAAAUACAAGGAUAUAUUGCGGUCUCUCUCAAUGUAGCAGCAUUUUGACAGAUGAUCUUGAUGUUACUGAUGUUUCUUUCACACAGCUCUACUCCCAGGUUUCUGUUCAUUGCAACCAUUCAUUAAUGAGAUUCAAAUCAUGCACUGACAUACUGUAGAAUGUAAUAGACACAGGCGUGUUGAAGCCCUUAAAAGAAGUGAUGAUUAGAGAGGCUCAGAGCUGAAUCCACUUCUGUUUUGCCAAAUUUCCAAGCAUAUCGCAAGGUUUUUUGACUCAAAAUUAUACAAAAUUCUCAAUUACAUGGCUGUACUACCCUCUUCAAAUGGAUUGGGAUUUGAUUCAGGCUUUAACUAGAUUUAUGUAGUAGUUUUACAGUGAUUAAAAAAAAAAAGAGAAAAUAAAUAUACACACAGCCAUUGACCUAUUUUACAGAAACUGUAGGGACCUCCUCUCAAAGUUUACAGUAGUGUUAGAUUUCUGUGAUUGUUGUGAUGAUGAAAAACAGGGCUGAUUUAGUUUUUUCUUGAAUGUACAGCACAGUACUUAUGGUUCUCUUCAUAGUAUGAAUAUAAGGUGAGCAUAAAACCGUUUAUGAAAUAGGCCUGUCGUCUCUUUGUUUCUUCGCUAAAUGUAAAGAUUUAACAGCUUAUUUUAUUUAAUGUUGCAAGGCUUUGCUGCCAUUUUUGGGCAAUUCUUAUCAAGUUUGCCAUGGUUGUGCUUCCUUUGCACUGCAUUUUUUCCCCACAUGCUAGACAUGACAUUACUCUUUUUUGGUUUCUCUCCUUCUUCAGUCAUCAAGGAAGUCCCCUCCGGGAGCUCUCCCGCUUUGAGGCUGUCGGCGUCCAUGUCGGCUACCUUAUCUUAACAACUUUCCUUACAUAGUCUGAUCUUGAUUGUUUAAUUUGCUGAUUACCAUUGCAUUGUAGCUCGGGGGGGGGUAGCACCGCUAGUUAUCUCAUAAAGAUUGUUACUGCUUGUGUUAUGCGUCUCUACAGACGUCCGAGAGAGAGACAGUGUUCAUAAGACCCAUGGUACCUGAGUAAUCGUCUCCAUUUGUGUGGGGCUGAAACAUGACACGCAGCCCUCAUGCUAGCUCUGCACUCAACAGUAUUUUCUGCUCCCUGCACUGCCACAGCACGUCUGUAUCAAGUUUAAAAUACCUCCUGAGAGCAGUAUAAGGCUUGUGAUAAAGCCAUGUUACUGAGUUUGUAUUGUUGUUCGUGUGGUGUGUACCCCUGUGUGGCUUGGCUGAGAGGUCCGCUGUUCUUCAUGGAACUUCAUGGAACUUCUCCUGAGCUUGUUUCUGACCUGGCGGCGUGCAGCUUGGGUGGAAGCACUGAGUUCAUUGUGAGUCAGUCUCUCCGUCUGUCAUGGGCCAUAGCCGGACCCACAGUCCGUAUGCCUGCUCUGAGGCUUGGCUUCCCUCUGCAGUGGUCGCUGGAUGAGAGAGGGAUGUCCUGGAGAGAGAAUAUGGUACAGAGAUGCUAUUGUGCUCUGCUGAAGUUGUCCAUUGUCCAGCUCACUGCUCCCAUUGUCAGACGCUGCUUUGGUCCUGCUUCGCUCCUCCCACAGGCCGACUCUGCAGUUGAAUUUGUUUACUAAUGAAGUGUUUUGAGUCAUAGAUGAGCCAUCAGAAUUUUUUCCAGAUGGGGGCUUUUGCUGGUUUCCAUGGUUUCGUAGCAGAUGUUUGAUCACAAAGAGCACCACCCAGCAGUCUGCAUGUGCAGACUCUCUUUACAGCGUACUUAAAGUGUUAUGAAGUCAGUUUGAUUCCUAAACCUAUGCUCUGAAUUUCUUUUUACAUUCACUAGAGUAAUAAAAGCAAUAAAAAUGCACAUCUCUCGGUAAUACUCUUAUUUACUGGAAUAGAUUAUCUGACAGUCUUCCCAAGUUGGAGCAACUGGCACGGUCCAUUUGCAUAGGGAGUCAUUGUUCCUUUUGGACAGCGACCCAGAAGCGAGUAGUGAAAAUACAGUGCAAGAGGAAAUCACAUGCCCAGACUUGGCAGUGUGGUUCUGAAAUACUAUUUUCCCUGCUUGUUCUAGAUAUAAUCUUGGCUAUGUUACAUUGGUGCUUUCAUUGUUCUGUGAAUAAGCUGAGCAGAGACGCCACUUCGGACCCAUUUUGAACAUGAAUCGGUGCGCUCUCUACUUCACCCCACCCUUCCCCACUUCACCCACCCACCCAGUACAGUGCUGCUCACAGAAGAGUACAAUGCACACUUGGGAGAUGUUUGGCAGAUCAAAGGAAAGGAAGGGAAGCCCAGGAUUAAAGUCUUUUUCACAACUGGGUCAGACAUGUUACUGUCAAGUUAAAUGGAUAUAAUUGGAGUUUUGAAUAUUUUUGUUUUAAUGUCAUUUGAGCGUAAAGAAAUCCAGAAGCUCAUGUUGGGUGAAUGAAGGAUGUAAUGCUGCCAUUAUCAGAGUUAUCUGUUAUGAUUCCAAUCUUUAUUUUUUUUUUCUAUCUGAUGCUCAUAGUUGUUACCAGUGUAUGCUCAAUACAAUUUGAUCAGUGCAAUGUUAUUUACUUAAUUAUGAAAUGAAGGAAGUAUUGCUUCACAUGGAUGUCUUGGAUGUUGUCCUUGGAUUCUAACCAGCUUUGCUCACUGGGAGAAAGCUAAAAAUAAAGCUUGUAUUUACCCUCAAAACAAAUUUCCCGUAGCUUCUCCAUUUUCAAAAUGUUGUCAUAGACCAGUUUGAGCUGAAUGUCUUUGCUCAUGAUUGUAACUAAUUGUUACUAUGCCUUUUGGACUUUGGAUGUAAAUAUUUUGAACAGGGUGAACUAAGGUCUGUUUUUAAUAUUUUGAAACAACAGCAUAAGUGAAGUGCUAUAAGGGGUUGAUUGAUUGUGUAGGCGGUGUAUCCAAGUACCGGUCUGUCCUCAUGUACCUGCCAUGCUGAAGUAGUUAGCUUAUUUUCAGUAGUAUCUCUUAGCAUGUCUUUUUUACUUUCCAUUGCUCUGUAGUACAGAAGUAAACAGCUGAAGUCUGGCCCUUAUUUUGUACAUCAGCAUAUUAAAAGCAAUGUAUUAAUGCGGUAGCCUAAUGCCUAGAGCUAGUUUGUGCUGUUGUGUAAAUGUAAUGUGUGGUUGUCCGAUCAUGUUUCAUUUGAAAGCAUUAAAGUAGAAAGGGCUGCAAAGUGAAAAUGGAUUCCCCAGCAUUUUCAUACCUCCAUUACCAUUCCGAAAUGUGACUGUUGAAAAGGCAUACAG